GUCAGCGCCGGGCCCACGCAGGCGGCGGGGAAUGGUGGCUCGGCUUCCUUCCGGUUGCCGGUGGAGACCGGAAGUGGCCGUUCUCGGGCAGCGGGAACCUGAGUGAGUGGGUGAGGCCGGCGGCGGAGCUUCGCGGAGACAGUCGGUUGUCGCGGCUGAGCCAGGAUUUAAUCGCCACCAUGUCGAGCAAAAGGGCAAAGACCAAGACCACCAAGAAGCGCCCUCAGCGGGCAACAUCCAAUGUGUUCGCCAUGUUUGACCAGUCCCAGAUCCAGGAGUUCAAAGAGGCCUUCAACAUGAUCGACCAGAACCGGGACGGCUUCAUCGACAAGGAGGACUUGCACGACAUGCUGGCUUCAAUGGGAAAAAAUCCAACCGAUGAAUACCUGGACGCCAUGAUGAACGAGGCCCCGGGCCCCAUCAACUUCACCAUGUUCCUCACCAUGUUUGGAGAGAAGUUGAACGGCACAGACCCUGAGGAUGUCAUCAGAAACGCCUUCGCUUGCUUUGACGAGGAAGCGAUUGGCACCAUCCAGGAGGACUACCUGAGGGAGCUGCUGACCACCAUGGGCGACCGCUUCACAGACGAGGAGGUGGAUGAGCUCUACCGGGAGGCCCCCAUCGACAAGAAGGGCAACUUCAACUACAUCGAGUUCACGCGCAUCCUCAAGCACGGCGCCAAGGACAAGGACGACUGAGGACGCCCAAAUUCCAGCCCAGUGUUCCCUGUUGCCACUUGGGGUAUUUCUGAGAUUCCUCUCCUAGAACCCGUGGCAUGCCCUAGCUUUACUGCUUUUUGCCUUGUUUUGUAUUUAUUCUCAGCCACUCUGGGCCUUAUGUACCUUUAUGAUCAGACUGGAAAUGGGACUUUCUGUCAUUACCCGACUAGAAAGGAAGGUCAUUUACAGACAGCCUUGUCCCUCCUGUGUAAUAACUGUAGCCCACACAGAGUCAAUAUAUUUUUUCAGAGAAAGUUAUCCACUCAAUUUUUUCUGAAUGACAAUUAAACUUUGUGAUAAAAUA